UGUUUCAGAAAACAAGAAAAGUAAACACGAAUAAAGUCGAUUAUGAAUGUGAGCGUAACGAAAGUCAAAGGAGUAGGAUGUCUGUACAGAAAGUUAUGUCGCUUAAUGUCGACACACGAAAAUCCAUUUGGCAUAAAAAGUGGAAAUAAAACUAAAGAAGAACUUCAAAAAGAAAGAAUGGCUAGAGGACUCCCUAAGAAGUUACCCAUACCUGGAGUGAAACACGUGGUAGUGGUAGCUUCUGGAAAAGGUGGUGUUGGAAAGUCCACUACAGCAGUAAAUCUUGCACUUGGACUGGCUGCUAACAACCCCAAAUCCCAAGUUGGAUUGUUGGAUGCUGACAUCCAUGGUCCCUCCAUCCCCUGUAUGAUGAACCUACAAGGGCAGCCAGAAAUUAAUAAUCAAAAUCUUAUGAAGCCACUGGUGAACUUUGGUAUCAAAUGCAUGUCCAUGGGAUUUUUGGUGGAUGACAAACAGGCGAUCGUCUGGCGAGGACCAAUGGUGAUGUCUGCUGUACAGAAACUCCUCAGGCAAGUGACAUGGGGUCCUCUGGACUAUCUGGUGGUGGACAUGCCGCCUGGGACUGGGGACACACAGCUCUCAAUCUCACAGAACAUACCCAUCUCUGGUGCACUGAUUGUAUCCACACCUCAAGACAUAGCCCUACUAGAUGCACGGCGGGGUGCACAAAUGUUUCAUAAUGUAAAGGUUCCAGUGCUGGGACUUGUCCAGAACAUGAGCGUUUACGUCUGUCCAAAGUGCGGCCAUGCAGAACACAUUUUCGGAAAGGAUGGAGCUUCUACUAUAGCCUCCGAUAUGGGAAUGGAUAUUAUUGGCGAUGUGCCCUUACAUAUCUGUAUUAGGGAGGGCAGUGAUAGAGGACAGCCGGUGGUGGUGUCACAACCUCAGUCUCCACAGGCCCUUGUUUACAAACAGAUAGCAGAACGGAUCACGGAUAAACUGUCCACCAUGGAUCCGAUAGAUUCGUCUCCACAAAGCCAACAGGAUAGUCACUCAAGCUAGCAGUUCCAAAAAAGAAUAUACAUCAAUGUUGUUUGUUAUUGGUUUUUGUUAAAUAUUUAUAAUACAUUUCAUGAUUUUGUAUUUUAUUACAUGUCCGAUUCAUUUA